AUGAUAAAUGUGAUUAUAAGACUGAUUCUUCUCAAAUGUGUAAUAAUCAGAAAUUCUAAGAGUUUUAUCAUCAACAAUUCACUCAAGGAAUUGAGGAAUCUUCAUAUAUAUCCAUUAAAUAUACAAUUUAAAACCCAGUAUGGAAAAAGACCACAUGGAACAAGUUCAAUUAAAAGAUAUGGAGGAAGUUAUGUACAGGAACUGACAAGAGAAAGAUGUAGACUCUACAAAAGUAAUGUUCUCAGAGAUGCCAGAAUGCUUUUUAUCAGAAACAUUGAUGUAGAAAUCACCCCCGACGCUCUUGAUAAUUUCUUUCAAUACAUUUACGGGCCAUUGACUAGUAGGACAAGACUAGUUUUAGAUGAAACCACAGGACGUCAUAAAGGAUAUGGCUAUGUCAAGUUCUCAACACCAGAUAUCGCAACAAGGACUCUUUUAGCACUUAAUGGAACAAGAUUGGGGGAUAAACGAGUCUACUUUAGUGAAGUGUUGUAUGAGCUUACCGACGAAUGGAAGAAAAAGAAAAAUAAAGUUACAAAUAAACAAACUCAUACAACAGUGAAUAAGGAUAACUACAGAGUAGCAUUUACACCAACUGAUUAA